AUGACGUUUAGGCAGCCUGUCUUGAGUCAUGAUCAAGAGGAUUUUAAAGAAGACAUCCUUAAUCACUUGAAAGAGACUGAUUAUCGCGUGUAUCGAACAAGAUGGAUAAUUGUCUUUACAUUUGCGUCAUUGAGUUGUACAAAUGCUUAUUUGUGGAUAUCUUAUUCCCCUAUUGCUAACUACUUUGUCGAGUUUUACUCAACAAGUAACACGGUUCUCAAUCUCAUUUCUCUAAUUUACCCUUUGACUACGAUAGUACUUGGUCUCCCAAUAGCGUAUGCCAUAGAUCGUCUCGGGGUUCGUUUCAUUGUUUUGUGUACAGCCAUUUGUAACUUAUUGUGUGGGUGCAUGCGCGUUUUGAGUAGCGCACCACAUAUAAAUAUUUCAUCCUCUGGACGUCUCAUUUUGAUAGUAUUCGGACAAGUAAUCGCUUCUUUUGCUCAACCAUUCUGUUUGUUCUGCACAACCAGUCUUGCGUGCGAUUGGUUUCCCGACAAUCAGCGUACCACCGCAAACACUAUUGCGUCUCUUGGAAAUUCAGUAGGCAUAUUGCUGGGCAGUGCGUUUGCCCCUAAUUAUGUCAAGAGUUCUUCCGAUAUUGUUAGUUUCAAUUACAUAUCCUUGGGAUUGGUUGCUGUUCAGUUCUUCUUGUCAAUAUUUUUAGUCCGCAGAGGUAAACCAAUCACACCCCCUUCAUAUGUGGCGACCUUGGCUAUAGCUAAUCGUCGAGUCAACUCUAACAGACAUUUUAUUUCACUUCAUUCUUUAUGCAACUUUUUGAAAGCGUUUGGUCCACCCCUUAAGCUCUAUGGAUUUUGGGUUGUUACAAUUACAUUCAGUAGCUGUAUCGGAUAUUUUACUGUUUUGUCGGCUCUUCUACAGCAAAUUCUGUGUACAAAAGGUUACUCCAACCAGUUUGCUGGGUUUUGUGGAUCAAUCACAAUAGUUGCAGGCUUAUUAGCAGCUGGUCCUGUUGCAUUGUUUGUUGAUAGAACGGGAUUCCUUAUUGAAACAUUAAAGAUCACAUUUUUACUAAGUGUUUUGGGCUCUGUCUGCCUAAGUAUUGUAUUUUGGUUCCCUAAUCAGCAAAUACUAAUCACCAUUUGUUUAAUUUGGCUUGGAGCAUUUGGUUUCUCUCAGUUUUCCCUGUGUUUAGAACUAGCUGCAGAGGCGACUUAUCCAGUUUCUGAAGCAAUUACAACCAGCUUUCUUAUCAUCUCCAACCAAAUAAUUUCUCUCGCAAUGUUGCCUGUUUUACAGUUCACUGCACCUUUAGCUAACAACUCAACUAAAAUUAUCAGCACUUGUGGUCCGAAUGAAGAUAUCCGGGAUUUCAGUGCACCACAUAUGGGUUUAUGUGCUUUUAUGGUUUUAUUAUCAAUUGUCCAACUUUUCACCUUGAAGUUACCAUAUAAACGACGAGAAUGUUUAAAUUCUGUUGUAAUCACUGUUGGAUCUAAUAAUUAUAUCAAUGAGGCAAAUGAUGAAAUUCCAGAGGAUUUCUAA